AUGUGGCGGCUGGGCGCGGCCUGGGCGCGGCCCGCGGCGCUGCGCGGGGCCCGGCGCGGCCUCAGGAGCGGCGCGGCGGCGGGGAGCUGCUCGGCGGGCGGCCUGGCGCUGCGGGGGCGGCCCGGGCCGGGCGGGAGCGGCGGCUAUAAGCGUCUGAUAAAAGAAGAUGAUAAAAAGACCGUGAUAUGCAUCGAGGGGAACAUUGCAAGUGGAAAAACAACGUGCCUGGAUUAUUUUGCACAGACGACCAGUAUCGAGGUCUUGACAGAACCGGUGAAUAAAUGGAGGAACGUUCGUGGUCAUAAUAUCUUGGGCUUAAUGUACCAGGAUGCUUCAAGAUGGGGGAUAACCUUACAGACUUACGUACAGCUUACAAUGUUGGAGCAACAUACCAGACCAAUGAUUUCUCCAGUAAGAAUGAUGGAGAGAUCGAUUCACAGUGCAAAAUACAUUUUUGUAGAAAAUUUGUAUAGAAGUGGGAAGAUGCCAGAGGUGGAUUAUGUUGUCCUGUCUGAAUGGUUUGACUGGAUCCAGAACAACACCGAUGUUUCAGUUGAUUUGAUAGUUUACCUGCAGACAUCUCCUGAAGUUUGUUAUGAGAGAUUAAAGAGAAGAUGUAGAGAAGAGGAGAAAAUCAUUCCUUUGGAAUAUUUAGAAGCUAUUCAUCAGCUCUAUGAAGAGUGGCUCAUUAAGCAUACCCUAUUUAAAGUCUCCUGCCCAGUGCUUGUUAUUGGAGCUGACCACGACAUGCAGAAAAUGAUAGAAAAGUAUGAAGAAAACCGGGACCAAAUACUAAACCCAUAUAAUAUGCAACAGCAUUUAUAGAAGACUGUUGUGGUUAUGUUUUUUUUUUUAUGAAGUCUGAUUCAGGGACAAUUUUGAAUAUUUGUAAUACUUAUGAAUUUAAUGGUUUCUGCUUUAGAAUUACGCCUUGUAGGAUGUGAAUUUCUCACUACGAAAUGUCCAGGAACAAGUCACAAACAGAAUAUGAGGUAAUUCCAUUCCAAGUUUUUAGGUUCCCCAUCCACUUUACUGCGUCAGUUAAAAUGUGUCUUUCUCUCAUUUCCAUUUUGCUGCUGUUUCCUAUAAAAUAACCUUUUUCUUUUCCCCCAUGACAAUUCUGUUUUUGUAAUGUAAAGGAAUAGUUCCGUGCAAGAGGUGGGAUGUCCUGUUGUGCAUCAUGUUCAAGUAGCUUUGUUAAACAGCUCUGGUUAUGUCAAAACAGGGGGCGUGGGGGUUCUUUCUGUAAUCCUGCCUGCCGUGGUACAUUUCACUGAACUCUCUUCUGCUUUACAUGACGUCACAAUACAGCUGUAGUUCUGAAGGUAACUAUGCAUUAGCAUAGUCCGUGGAAUUCAGAGGCGAAAGGGUAGUUAAAUAGUCUUUGAAACUGAUUGCACAGUGGUUCUGAGGGUUUUUCUAGGCCAGGUUUUUUAAAGGGGCUUAUUUCUCUCAUUUUCAUGAAAUUGCCUUCUCAUAGCUGAGUUGAGGUCUAGUGAAAAUACGGCGUUUGGAACUCUGCACUUCCUUUCAAAUUGUGAUAUAAAUACUAAAAAUAAUUGAUUUCUUAAGUGCUCUGGAUUCUUAAAUAUUUGAGUUGAUCUUUUUUUAUUAUUUAUUAUAAUGACAUAUAUGAACAGUUCUUUGGGUGUACACCUUGAUCACUUUAUUGUGGCUUGGGAAAUAGAGAAAUGUAAUGGGUGUUUAAUUCUUGUGGUUAUUUGCUUAAGUGUUGAGUUGCUUUUCAUUUCUGCUUUACCCUCUUAAAUGUUGUCUUCCAUUGCUUACUGCCUAAACAUCUGUAACUUAUUGACAAUAAUUUUCAGUUACUUGGCUUUUUCAUGUGUUACUUGACUAUGAACACUCCACUUCUUUUAUUUUGUGGUUUUAUGGUACCUGUAUAUACCUGAAGAUAGCUGUAGCUGAAAUGACUGCAGCUUUUUCCAAGUCAGGAGAUGCAGUUCAUUUCUUCCAGUGGGAUUUUUAUUUAUUUAUUUUUUAAAUCAGUGCAACUUAGUAAUGACCGAUGCACGGAGUGUUUCCAAGUGAGUACUAAAUAAGUGUGCUGAAGCUUGUGAACCCAGUUCUGUUCUUCUGUUUUAAAGCUUUUAAAUUCUAGCUUAAAAGUAAGAUUUUAUGUGUUAAAUAAUUAUCAUACUGAAGCUUAUUUGUUCAGGAAUAGUGAUCAUUCUGGAGACAUUCUGGUAAACUUUCAAAGUUCUUUUUGUCUCUUAGAGAAGAAAAAUCCUCUCUAGAAAUAGCUCUGUAAGUUUCAGUCAUCUGCAGAUUGUUAAUUGCAGUUUGAGUUGCAGAAGCCAGUGGUAUGUGUUCUGCACACUAGCCUGGCAGUCCGGAGAAGAGCCACUUAGUAGUUCUGUACGGAAAAUGCUUGUAAUUUAGUACCUCGCAAAAGUGACCGUGGUGAGUCAGUUAGCCUUUGUGGUACUGUUUCCCCAUACCUCGAGAGCCUGGAACAGUGCGUAAACCAUUUAAGACAAAAUGAUUCUUUGCCAUUUAAGCUCCUCCAGUUUUUUUCUGGUUUCCUGAGCCAUAGGUUUCACUUUGUGUUCAGUGGCCCACGAUGGAAUUUUCUUCUGGAAACUUGUCACUUUAUGAGCAUUUUGACAUAAUAUCCUGUCACAGUGAGUUCCGCAUCUAAACUGCAACCUGUGUGAGAACUGAUUCUCUGUUCUGUAUUGCAUACCUAAUCUGGAUGGAUAUCUUUUCCGGACUUUACCAUUUAGUUUAUUCUGAUGGAGGUGUCCUAGCAGUCAGUAACAUCUGGGAGCAGUGCGGAAACUGACUUGAAGAGACAGUCUGGCAAAAAUUAAAAUGUUAAACAUUUGCAUUUUCUUCAUCUGCCUUUUGUGUGCUCUCUUCUGGCAUGAGAAGGAUGUUUAAAUCUUACUUAUUUGAUUAAACAUUUUGGAGGUGAACGUCCAAAACUGUAGGUCCUAAGAAGCUUUGAUGAUAAUUGUGUUCACUGGUGUAAUUAGCAUGCAGAACUACUGCCAGCACCAGGAACUAAUCCAACAUCUCUUUCUCAGUGCUCUUCCUCCUGCAGAGGCUGGGUAUUCUGCCAUCGGUUGCAAUUAAAAUGUUCAGACCCGAAGCUCUCUGAACUCUUGCAAAUAAUGGCUCUCCUAGCAAGUUACCGUCCUGUCUGAGGACUUGGAGAAUUUAGACCUUCCUGUAGAGUAUGGGGGCUGAAGUAAUAACUGUGCGUUUCUAAAGCACAUUAAAGUCAGGUGAGGAUUAUGUUUUUUUACUUUUUGUUCUUUUACAGCAUUUGGUUAAUUGCAGCACUUCCGGGGGCUAACAGUUGCAUGUUUUCAGAAAGUUUAGUCUCAGAACAAACUAGUAGUUCUAAGAUUUAUUCCUACGUAAGAGAAAUGUAAUCUGUCUAGUCCAGAUGCCAUUUAUCUGGUUUUUGUUGUUUGAUUGUUUUGUAACAGAAACUGGCUUAUAAUAAUUUGUUGCCUUAUUUUAGGAUAAGGGUUAACUGUUGUGUAAAUGUACACCUGUAAGAGUGAUCCCUCUGAACACGUACAGAAAGUCAGGCAGGAGAGUAACACAAUAGAGGAGCUCUGGUUUUCACUUGUGUACCAUGCUGCUUAAUUUUAUUUAUUCUUAUGCCGGGGCUUUGAGGUGAACCCUCUGUCUGAUACGUGAUUUAUUUCUCCCUCACAUCUCCCCACAAUAAAUACUGAGCUGUUAGGACUUCUACUGUAAGUAGGCUGCUCUGCACGUGCUGCUGUAUUCUGUUCCAUUCCUGUCCUUACUAUAGGGGGUUUUACUGUUUAAUGCUGUGAAAAGGUAACUUUUAGGAUUUAUCAGCUGUCUCACUUAAGAGAACAGUGCCAAUUAACUUUCACUGGACGGAGCCUUUAGUGGCGAUUGUGGAUUACUGGUUGUAACUCUCCCAGUGUUCAGAUGGAAGUGAAGUUAAAUAAAUAAACGUGAUGUUUUAGAAAUUG